AUGGUCGCCCUUCUCAUCCCAUGGAUCCAAUGGCCCAACAACCCCCUCGACGACGCCAACUCUCACUGGACCGUCAUCCAGGACAAAGCGCACCAGGCUUUUUGUGACUGGCGUCGAGCCCUCCGAGAAAAGGUCUCGGGCGAGGCGCAUCAGAAGCACAUGAAGCUCACGAGUAUCAUCCUCAUGAAUUCGCAGCUGAGACUGACCGUUGAUAGCUUGGUUCAAGGUGAGGAGCACAUGAUGCUGUUCUACGGGUUCGUGGCGGAUGAGUUGAUGGAGAUGGAGGAUGUCAGGGAUCUCAGGAUGGGGAAGAGCGUUAUCAAGUGGAUUGGCUCUGGGGAGGAUGCGUAUCCUGUUGUGAGAAACUUUAGGUCGAGGGCUUGA